AUGGCGCCGAGAACUCUCUACGACAAGGUGUUUGACGACCACAUCGUCACCCAGGACGACCUGUCCUAUCUCAUUUUCAUCGACCGCCACUUGGUACACGAAGUGACGCUGCCGCAAGCGUUUGAAGGGUUGGCCAACGCCGGGCGCCAGGUCCGCCGCAAGGACUGCGUGAUGCUGACAUUGGACCACAACAUCCCCACGGUGCUGAGAGCGCAGAUGAAGGACAUCGACUCGUUCAUCGACCAGCCCGACUCCAAGUUGCAAGUGAAGACCCUCAUUGAAAACGUCAAGAAGUUCGACGUUCCCUUUUUCGGUAUGGACGACCCCCGUCAAGGGAUUGUCCACGUUAUUGGGCCUGAACAAGGGUUCACGUUGCCCGGGACCACCGUGGUAUGUGGGGACUCCCACACCCUGACCCACGGCGCGUUUGGUGCUCUCGCCUUUGGUAUCGGUACUUCGGAAGUGGAACACGUGCUUGCCACUCAAUGCUUGAUCCAAGCCAAGCUGAAAAACAUGAGAAUCACCGUUGACGGCGACUUGGCCGACGGCAUCACCUCGAAGGACCUUGUCCUCCACGUCAUUGGCGUCAUCGGUACUGCUGGUGGUACCGGGUGCGUGAUUGAAUUUGCCGGCAAAGCCAUCGAAAACUUGCUGAUGGAAGCGAGAAUGUCCAUUUGUAACAUGUCGAUUGAGGCUGGGGCCCGGGCGGGGAUGAUCGCCCCUGAUGCCACCACGUUUGAGUACAUUAAGGGCCGGCCGUUGGCGCCGCUGGGCGACCAAUGGGACAAGGCCCUCAAGUACUGGAAGACGCUCUAUUCUGACGAAGGCGCCCACUUUGACUACGACAUUACCAUCAAGGCGCUGGACAUCGUCCCCACCAUUACCUGGGGUAAUUCGCCUCAGGACGCGUUGCCCAUCACCGGUAAGGUGCCUGACCCCGCCGACACCAACGACGCCAACAAAAAGGCUGCCAUUGAACGGGCGCUCAAAUACCAAGGCCUCAAACCUAACACCCCGUUGCAAGAAAUCACUAUCGACAAGGCGUUUAUUGGUCUGUGUACCAACUCGCGUAUCGAAGACUUGCGGGCGGCUGCGAGGGUCGCUAAGGGCCACCACAAGGCCGCUAACGUCAAGCAAGUGCUUGUGGUGCCUGGUUCGGGUUUGGUGAAGGCGCAGGCCGAGCGCGAAGGGCUUGACAAGAUCUUUGAGGCCGCUGGCUUCGAAUGGAGAGAAGCUGGGUGCUCGAUGUGUCUCGGGAUGAACCCCGACAUCUUGGACCCCGAAGAACGUUGUGCAUCGACCUCCAACCGUAACUUCGAAGGCAGACAAGGGGCGCGGUCCCGCACUCACUUGAUGUCGCCGGCGAUGGCGGCGGCGGCGGCGAUCAAGGGUCACUUCACCGAUAUCCGCCAGUUUGAGUACAACACCGCCGACGAGCCCGCGGUCAAGGUUGGGUCGGAAGAGGAAGACAAGGCUUUGCAAGACGCUGUCUACGAGCACGAAAAGCAGCCGUUGGACAACUCCACCGCUGGCGUGGAAGAGCGCCUCGAUGAUAUCCCCGUGAAGCUGGCGGCGGCCCCUACUGGUGCUGCUCUGGGUAUGCAACCGUUCACUGAAGUCACCGGGGUGGCAGCAGUAUUAAACAAGGCUAAUGUCGACACCGAUGCCAUCAUCCCUAAACAAUUUUUGAAGACGAUCAAGCGCACGGGGCUCAAGAAUGGGUUGUUUUACGAAUGGAGAUUCAACCAAGUCGAUGGUAAGGACGUCGCCACCGACUUUAUCCUCAACACUCAACCGGAAACCGAAGUGUUGGUGGUCACUGGUGACAACUUUGGCUGCGGUUCGCUGAGAGAGCACGCACCGUGGGCGCUCCAAGACUUCGGUAUCCGUUCGAUGAUUGCGCCGUCGUUUGGUGACAUUUUCUACAACAACUCGUUCAAAAACGGGUUGUUGCCGAUCCGGGUGCCCGAAGACGUCAUUAAGAAUAAGGUAGUUCCCGUGGUUGAACAGGGCCACAAGUUGACCAUCGACCUCCCCAAACAACAGAUCAGAGACGGCAACACCGGCGAGGUGUUGGUCGACCACUUUGACGUUGAGGACUUCCGCAAACACUGCCUCGUCAACGGGCUUGACGACAUUGGCCUCACGUUACAAAAGGAAGCCGAUAUCCAAAAGUACGAGGCAAUGAGACGCGAUAAGUUCUCGUUUUUGGAAGGCGGGUCGAAGUUGAUCAAGCCGAUUAAGGGGUCGAAGAAGAGCGCUUACGGAUUGAAGACUCAGGAAUGGUAG